UCAUCGUUCAAUCUGCUCUUGUGCUUUGUCCAUGGCUGCCGAGAUGACUUGCGGAGCUUCUUCUUCUUCCUCCCGUCAGUGGAAGUAUGAUGUUUUCUUGAGCUUUUGUGGUCAGGACACUCGCACCCACUUCAUCGAUUUCCUCUUUAACUGGUUGGACCGGGAUGGGAUUCGCACUUUUAGAGACGACAAAGAGCUAAACAGAGGAGAGGAUAUAUCUUCAGAACUGAUGGCAGCCAUCGCAGAUUCUAGGAUUGCCAUUAUUGUCUUCUCUGAGAAUUAUGCUUCUUCCACCUGGUGCCUUCGUGAGCUGGCGAAGAUCAUGGAAUGCAGAAAAGAUGGCCGAUUAGAAAACGUUCUCCCUGUUUUCUUCAAGGUGGAUCCAUCAGAUGUCAGGCAUCAGCGUAACACUUAUGCAGAGGCAUUUAAGAGACACGAAGAGAGUUUCAAGAAUGACAUGGAGAAGGUGGAGAUGUGGAGGGCUGCUCUCAAAGAAGCUGCGGAUUUGUCAGGGUGGGAUCAAGAAAAGGUUGCAAAUGGGCAUGAGGCGGAGCUUAUAAAGCAAAUCGGUGAAGAAGUAUUGACAAUAGUGAAGCCCACAUGCUUGGAAGUUGCAGACCAUCCAAUUGGGUUAGAGUCCCACAUUAACCGAAUAGGUUGUUUGCUAAAUGAUGGCGAAUCGGAUGUUGUUCGCAUCAUAGGGAUAUAUGGCCUUGGUGGAAUAGGUAAGACAACUAUAGCGAAGGCCCUUUUUAACGAAAUGUUAAGAAAUUUUGAAGGUAGCUGCUUUCUUGCUAAUGUUAGAGAGGUUUCAAACGAGCAUAAAGGUUUAGUUCUUUUACAAAACCAGCUUAUCUCUGAUAUCUCGAAGAGAAAAGACAUGGACAUAAACCAUGAGGACAAUGGAAUCAAUAUUAUCAAAAGAUGUCUAUCCUGUAAAAGAGUUCUGAUUGUUCUUGAUGAUGUGGAAGAAAUGAAUUAAUUCUAUAAAUUGGUUGGAGGGGAUGAUUGUUUGGGUCCAGGAAGUCAAAUCAUCCUAACCACUAGAAAUGAAUAUUUGCUAGAUAGCCUAGAUGUGGAUGAAAAACAUAAAUAUAGAGUUGAGACAAUGAAUCGAAAUGAAUCCCUUCAACUUUUCAGUCUCCAUGCCUUU